AUGCAAAAAAGGUAUCGACACAUCCUGCCUGUGCCCAACUCCCCGGGGACAGCGGCCGCCGGGGGUUCGGCCCAGGCCGAGCCGACCAAGCGCAAGCGCUCUUCGACGGUCAUGGCCUGCAACAGUUGUCGGGCCAAAAAGUCGGCCUGUGACGGCGUCCGCCCUGCCUGCGCGGCGUGCGCUGCGCGAGGCAAGACUUGCACCUAUAUGUCCGCAAUCCCGGAGACGCCUUCGAUGCUCAAGAAGCGCGAGCUUGAGGCCCUGCGGGAAGACCAUACCAGGUUGUCCGGGCUAAUUAACGUCCUGAGAACAGUGCCCGAGGGCUGGGCCUUGGAUAUCCUCAGAAAGCUGCGUCGCACCACGGCGGAUCUCGCAGCCCUGUUGCCCUCUGACAGGAACAGACCCUUUGUCGAGGCCCUGCCGCGUCAAGUGCUGGCCCGUCUCCCGACACAAGGCGGCCUGGAGUUCGAGUUGAUGAUCCGCCACCCCGUCGCCUACCCCACGCUGGCACCCUUGGAUGCCGCUGGCGUAGGUGCCACAUCCUUGCUCACGUGUGCCGUCGCCAGCACCCUCGCCGAUGAGCUCAGUUCGGACCUAGCGGCUACCGCGUCCUUGUCGACUUCCGGCCCUCACCAACGCUCGGCACGCGGGCAGGGCCAGGGCCAGCGAUCUGCUCCAGCAUCACGCACGAUACUUUGCGAUACCCGGUUGGAGCUAUUGGAUAUCAGCUCCUGGAGCCAGGUUGUAGUCACGAGCGAGCGAGCCGCCGCAGUGAUCUCGCUCUACCUAGAGACAGACCAUCCGACGCUCGGUUUUUUUGAUGCGGACUUGUUCUUGGCCGACUUGGUCAGCAUCCGAAUCCGCUACUGCUCCCCACUUCUUGUUUCUGCUGUCCUCUCAUGGGCUUGUCUCGCCUACUGCACGUUUAACCCUGAGGCAGCUCAGUUGGGCGAAGCAUUCUUUGCAGAGGCAGACGACUUGUGGCAACUCGAUCAAGCUUCUGAUUCGCUACCCACUGUUGCCGCCGCGCAGCUUCUCGGCCUUGUGGCUAUUUAUAAAGGCCGCGAUGCUGGUAACCCUUAUUAUAGCCUGGGAACCCAGAUGGCCAAACGAAUGGGCCUUUUUGGUCUCCCAGACUCCGCCCUCUUCGCGCGCUCCCCUAUCCACGGGAAAGAGUCGGAUACUUUAGCAAGGGCGAGGUCACACACGGCAUGGGGCGUCUUCAACUGGGUGAUUAUGCGGUCCCUCUUAUUUCAAGUGGAAGAGCCAGCGGCGAAAUAUCCACCGAGUGCCCAUCCACCCGGUGAGCCCACGCCAUUUCGCCUCGCUCACUUCACUGCGAGUACCACUGAGUCAGCGCCAUUGCCUUCCUAUAUGGGACAGACGUUCCCCAACAUGUGCGACUUCUGGCGGCUCACCAGCGAGUGGACGACAGUUUACUACGUUUCGGGAAAUGCUCCCAUUCUCGGCCGUGUCUCCUUGGGAUACGCACACGAGACGUUCCGUAAACUCCUUGCAUGGUCUGCUGGGAUCGACACGAUGCUAGCUCGAGGUGACAAAAGCUCUCACCAUUGCAUCAUCCUCCACAUCUGGUUCCAUACUUCCAUACUCCAGCUGUUCCGGCCGUUCAUGCAACAACUCAAACCGCUCGUCAAGCCCCCCCACACAGCGCCUGACGCUUUUCCGACUACUGUAUUUGCGGCAUCUCUGAAUCAGCUGAAGCAUCUCGCACUUGUGUUCCGCUACACGUUUGCCUGUGCAAUGUACGCCGCGUUCUGGCAUGUUGCCCUGAUGUACAUUGCCAACGCCGUUAUACAAGACACAGAAGACCCGCAGUGGCGGGGCUACUUGAUGCUCUGCUUAGAUGGAUAUGGUGACCUGUUCGGCGCCUUCCCCGUUGCAGGCGCCAUAGCCAAGAGUCUUCUGUCCAUGGCGCUUCGACUGAGCGUCGUCACAUCCUCCGAAGCAAGAGUCCUCAUGGCCGGGAUAUAUGAGAAAGGAGCUCAUCAUCCCUCUACUGAACAAAUUAGCGCAAGUUUCGUCGUUGACCUCGACCUUGCUGUCACCGACCGCGCAGCCGCAGAGCUGGCAAACUUGAACAACAGCUUUGAUGAUUUGGUCAUGUUUCAGGAGUUUACGCAGCUCGAACCCAACACAGGAGCCGAUAGGAACCCUCAACACUGA